AUGGCACAAGGAGACGAGGAACUGUUUAUUCAGGACCCCCCCACGGCCGCAAGAAAGGAGUCGCGCUCAGGCACCAUACUCAAAGCCUGGCUCGCGCUUGUGGCCCCCUUCACCUUUGUCCUAAACAAGUUCAUUCACUUACUACCCUACUCAAACAAUCGCAAAAUGUCCGUGUUCACCAUCUACAUCGGUCUCAUGCUCGUUUUCAUAGUGCCCACCAUCUUCUACAUGGACGAAAGCAUCUUUCUGCUGUCCAAAAACAAAUACGAGGUCGACUCGGAGACCUCUUUUCGCAAGCUUCAGAAAUCGCACACCAAUAAUCUGGCCUAUGUGAUAUUGCCUGCUGAGAAACACACGGAGCCGCACACGCCCCGCCAGUCACUUUUUGACCAGCGUGUGGCUGUCGCUGCGUGGCUCAGCCACCUCAAAAAGCAUCUGAUGGAAAACAACGGCGUGCUGGACCCUGACUUCCAGCUGCCGUUCUCGUGGGCCGAGUGGGUCGACCUCGAGUCCAAGCUUACGCUUGACAAGCGCCAUUUGCAUCUGUGGAAGAGCUACCACCCAGAAAUGCAGAACCGCACGUUUUCCGAUCUCAGCUGUGCCGACUUCCGACUGCUUUAUGCAGACAAAGACGAGGUUCUGCAGGUAUGCAAAGACCUCAGCCACGAGGAGCGCGCGCGGUACCCCUGGUACCCAUUUUCGUUCAAAAUUACCGAGCGCACGGGCUCGGAACUCGCUGAGGCUGGCCGGAUCCUGUUUGGAGCGUCGUACAUGCUCACGACGGCGCCACCGCCCGCUCGUGUGCAUUUCAUUGGAGCUGGGCUCAACAAGUCGUCUGUCGUACUGCUGACCGAACGGGAUCCGGUCACGCAACUGCCGAUUGCUAGCAACCGGUCCAGAGACAUCUACUCGAUCGGCGCCGACCUCGUCAGCAACGAGGCUCGUUUGCGCGGCGUUUCCGUCGACAGGGUCCACAGAGACGGGGUGCGCAUCGACAAAAUGGUCACCGAAUUGUCCACUCUGUUCAACUAUGACACGUCCGUGCAGACCAUCUACGGCGAGGACGAGCUUGUUUUCGACAAAUCGUAUUUCCUCAAGCUGGACGACCAGGUCAAAGUCAUGACCAGCGUCGAGAUGACCAAGGAGGAUUUCGUGUACGAGCACGAGGACAUCAUGAACAGCAUGAAGCAGCGGAUCGAGAAACAGCUCGAGGCGGAACCUGAUACCGUCGUCGACUCGCUGUUCGACCAUCAGCUGUUGAAGAACAUCGAGCGGGAAAUGGACCUGUUCGAGGCCAACGGCCGCCACAUGCCGUACUUGCGCGAAGCGUACGUGAACCACACGCAUCUGGGCGCGCAUUUCGACUGGCGUUUCUUCAACGGCAUCGACCACCCGCAGGAGUACCGCAAAGCCAUCAUCCACCGAAUCGGUCGCGCGUGGCUGCGGUUCUGCUACCAGUCGGGCUUCCGCACGUUUGUGGCGUACGGCUCGAUGCUGGGCUGGAUCAGAAACGGGCUCACGCUGCCGUGGGACGAGGACAUCGACGUGGUCGUGUCGGUGGACUCGCUGUACAAGAUCGCCAGAAACCACAACCAGACACUCAUAGUCGACGUUUCGUCCGAAGACAAGUACGCCGCUGGUAUCGGCUCAUACCUGCUGGACAUCGGCCCGUCGUUCUACUCACGUGUGCGCGGUGUCGGCGCCAAUGCCAUCGACGGCAGAAUGAUAGAUACCAUGUCUGGGGUUUACGUGGACAUCACCGCCAUUGCGUGGACAGCGGACUAUUUCUCGCAACACGGCAUCGACGAUGUCGUCCGCACGCUUGUGGACCCGGAGUACAGAAGCAAGAUCGAUAAGCUCGAGGACAAGGACUCAUACCGCGAGCAGAUCGACAACAAGGCCAGAGACAUGCAACAAAACCACGAGAUCUACCACUGCCGGAACGACAACGUUUUCCGGCUCGACGAGCUCACGCCAAUGGUGCCUACGUACUUUGAAGGCGUCCGGACGCACGUCCCGCACAAGUUUAAGCAGAUCCUCGACAGAAAGUAUCCGAGAGCGUUGCAACGGACCACUGAACCGGAAAAUCAGCCGUUCCGCACCUACAAGAAAAAUCUGCGUCUCUGGGUGGAUGAUUCCCAAUGUCCUGGAAAUGACAACGAGGGCUUAUUGUGCCAUGAUGAGGACAUUCUUGAAGAAUACGCUCACACCAAGGAAUACACGGCCCGCCACCUAGAGCUCCUGAAACACAUCUAUGACAAUGCGCUUAGCAUCGAGGACGAGACCGUUCCAAUGCGGUACGACCAGUUCAUUGUCCGGUACGCCCAAUGGCUCAAUGCCCGGCUGGAAUAG